AUGGUCCACGCAAACUUCAAGCUCAACGACCCAUCGCUCCUCAUCUCGACCGGAUGGAUCAACGACAAGCAAGUCAAGGCCGUGUCUGGCCGCAAGCCGUUUGAGGUGCAGGACCCCGCGACCGGCGAGGUCUGGGCGACUGUCGAGAACAUGGACGAGCUCGACACCGACGCCGCUAUCGCUGCUGCCACCGAGGCGUUCCCUUCGUGGUCGCAGGUGUCUGCGCGCCAGCGCGCAAGGAUGAUUCUCGAGAUUGACCGUCUCGUCCGCGAGAACAGGGACGACUUUGCCAAGCUCAUCGUCAUGGAGACCGGCAAGGCCCUUGUCGAGGCGCUCGGAGAGGUCGACUAUGCCACGACCUACUCGUGGCUCAUUGCUGGCGAGGCCGAGCGCAUCCACGGCGACACACUCAAGGCCAACGACAACCCCAACGUGCGCUUCUUCACCCAGCGUGUCCCCGUCGGCCCCGUUGGUCUCCUCUGCCCCUGGAACUUCCCUCUCGUCAUCGCUCUGCGCAAGCUCGUGUCUGCCCUUGCCGCAGGAUGCACUGUUGUGAUCAAGCCCUCGCCCGAGACUCCAUGCACCACCCUGGCGCUGGCCAUUUUGUGCCAGCGCGCCGGUGUGCCCCCCGGCGUCGUCAACGUCGUCACUGCGUCCAACCACACCACGCCCGCAGUGGGCAAGAAGAUGUGCGAGGACAAGCGUCUCAAGAAGAUUUCGUUUACGGGCAGCACUGCUGUCGGCAAGCUCCUCAUGUCGCAGGCCGCGUCCACGCUCAAGAAGUUGACGCUCGAGCUGGGCGGCAACGGCGCGUGGAUCGUGUUUGACGACGCCGACCUCGACAAGGCCGCCGACGCGCUCAUCGCCAACAAGCUCCGCCACGCCGGCCAGGUGUGCGUGUGUGCCAACCGCGUCUUCAUCCAGGCCGGCAUCUACGACGCCUUUGCCAAGAAGAUGGAGGAGCGCAUGGCCAAGCUCAAGUUUGGCCACGGACUCGACGAGGGCGUGACCAACGGCGCGGUGACGACCGAGCGCGGCGCCGCGCGCGCCAUCACCAUCAUCGACGACGCCGUCAAGCAGGGUGCCACCCUCGUCACGGGCGGUAAGCGCUUCGGUACCGGAUUCCUCGUCGAGCCUACCUUGCUCGUCAACACGCCGCGCACCGCGACCGUGUACACCGAGGAGAUGUUUGCGCCCAUCGUCUCGCUGUACAAGUUUGACAACGAGGCAGAGGUCAUCGGCCUCGCCAACGACACCGACAUGGGCCUCACCAACUAUGUCUGGACCGAGAACAUUUCGCGUGCGUGGCGCUGCUACGAGAAGCUCGAGAGCGGAACGGUCGCGCUCAACACUGCCAACGCGUCGACUGCCGAGGCUCCCUUCGGCGGCAUCAAGCAGUCGGGUAUGGGCAAGGAGGGCGGUUUGGGUUACGGUGUCGAGGAGUUUACCGUCGUCAAGCUCGCGGCCCUUACUCUCUCGUCGUAA